CUCGAUCUCCGGCCCCAGCCAUGGCUUCGGAAAGCAGUAAGCAGUUCUGGAAGCGGAGCGCGAAGCUGCCGGGCAGCAUUCAGCCAGUCUAUGGUGCUCAACACCCUCCUCUGGAUCCCCGGCUCACCAAAAACUUCAUCAAAGAACGUUCCAAGGUCAAUGCGCUGCCCAUGAAGAAUAAGAAGGCCAGCAGUUUUCAUGAGUUUGCCCGUGACACCAGUGAUGCCUGGGACAUUGGGGAUGAUGAAGAUGAGGACUUCUCAUCUUUCCAAACCUUGAACUCUAAGGUGGCCAAGGCCACAGCUGCACAGGUGCUGGAGAACCACAGCAGGCUGCGUGUGAAGUCGGAGCGACCCCCAGCAGCUCUGAACGAAGUACCAAACAACUGCAAAGUUAUUAAGUCUAAUAGUGAGGCCCAGCUGUCCAGAUCGGAGGACGGCUGCAUGCGCAACCCACUCCACAAACAACAAUCCCUCCCACUCCGACCCAUCAUUCCACUUGUUGCUCGCAUCUCUGACCAAAAUGCUUCAGGAGCUCCUCCCAUGACAGUGCGUGAGAAAACCCGCUUGGAGAAAUUCCGGCAGCUUCUGUCCAGCCACAACACCGACCUAGAUGAACUGAGGAAAUGCAGCUGGCCUGGUGUCCCCAGAGAGGUUCGGCCUGUGACGUGGCGGCUUUUAUCAGGUUAUCUCCCUGCCAACAUGGAGCGGAGGAAACUGACCUUGCAGCGCAAACGAGAGGAGUAUUUUGGCUUUAUUGAGCAGUAUUAUGACUCUAGAAAUGAGGAACACCAUCAAGACACAUACCGGCAGAUCCAUAUAGACAUUCCACGGACGAAUCCCCUCAUCCCUCUAUUUCAGCAGCCGCUAGUUCAGGAGAUCUUUGAAAGAAUCCUGUUUAUUUGGGCCAUUCGACACCCAGCCAGCGGCUACGUGCAGGGGAUUAAUGACCUGGUCACUCCAUUCUUUGUCGUGUUCCUCUCUGAAUAUGUUGAAGAAGAUGUGGAGAAUUUUGAUGUUACAAACCUGUCUCAGGAUGUGAUGCGUAGCAUCGAAGCUGAUAGCUUUUGGUGUAUGAGCAAGUUGCUGGACGGGAUACAGGAUAACUACACAUUUGCACAGCCAGGGAUCCAAAAGAAAGUCAAAGCACUGGAGGAACUCGUCAGCCGUAUCGAUGAGCAGGUACACAAUCACUUUAGGAAGUAUGAAGUGGAAUACCUGCAGUUUGCCUUUCGCUGGAUGAACAAUUUACUGAUGAGGGAGCUUCCUCUUCGCUGCACCAUUCGCCUUUGGGAUACUUACCAGUCUGAGCCAGAGGGAUUCUCUCAUUUCCAUCUAUAUGUCUGUGCUGCAUUCUUGAUUAAGUGGCGGAAAGAGAUCUUGGAUGAAGAGGACUUCCAGGGUCUUCUGAUGCUGCUGCAAAACUUACCCACGAUACACUGGGGCAAUGAAGAGAUUGGGCUCCUCCUUGCCGAAGCCUACAGACUCAAGUACAUGUUUGCGGAUGCGCCCAAUCACUACCGCCGAUAGGUGCCGGGGACCUGCCUCUCCAUCCCGCUGCGCUGGCCCAGUCCCAAUCACUGUGGCGUU